AUGAAGCUUUCCACAUACGUUGUCGCUUCUGCCGCUGCUGGAGCUACCCAUGCCUCUGUUGUGAAACGCGCCAUCGAUGAUGCAACUAUUCUCAACUAUGCUCUUACUUUGGAGCACCUUGAAGCUACAUUCUAUGCCACUGGCCUGAAAAACUUCACUCAGGCAGACUUUGUCAACGCGGGUUAUGCUGAUCCUUUUUAUGCCAAUCUGCAGAAGGUUGCGUCAGACGAGGCCGAACAUGUCACCUUCUUGACUACAGCGUUACAGGGUGCUGGUGCUCCUGCAACCGCUGCUUGUACCUACGCUUUCCCUGUUACCGACGUCAAUACAUUCAUCGCUACAGCCAACAUCCUUGAAGGUGUAGGCGUCAGCGCGUAUCUCGGUGCAGCUGCAUCGAUUGCAAACAAAGAUUACCUGACUGCCGCUGGUUCUAUCCUCACCGUCGAAGCUCGACACAGCUCGUAUCUUCGCGCCGUUGCUGGAGAAGUUCCAUUUGCACAACCUUUCGAUGACCCUUUGGACUUCAAUGAAGUCUACACCCUGGCUUCUGGUUUUAUUUUAUCCUGCCCUUCAAGCAAUCCGUCGCUUCCUGUUUCGGCGUUCCCUUCUUUGACAGUGACUUCCUCUGGCACUAUCAGCAAUGGUUCAACGAUCAAUCUAGCUACGAGCAGCACUGCGAAACUCCCUACUACGGUAUAUGCAGCCUUUGUUACUGUGACUGGCCCAGUAUGGGCAACUGUGACCGCAUCCAGUGGCGGGUACACGGUCACAAUCCCAUCUGGAAUCUCGGGGCAGAGCUACCUUGUUCUUACCUCUAGCAACAAUACUGUCUCUGAUGACAACAUUGUCGCGGGACCUGCGAUUGUUGAGAUCGGCGCAAAGAACGGUCGUCUUAGUACUGGGUGCUCGGGAUCGUCUAGCUCUAGCUCUAGCUCAAUCCCCACGCCGUCCUCCACCCCUGCUGGUACUGGUGUCAUGCCUUCCAGAACUUCAUCUGUUUCCCCCCAAUUUACUGGAGGUGCUAGUUUCCUUCAGAUUUCAGUUAGCCUUGUCGGCGCUGCUGCCGCUGCUACUGUCAUGCUCCUCGCCUAA